AUUCCACACUCACUCAUUUCCUUUCCCUUUAAACAGUCAUAAAGACACUGACUGUUUUUUCUCUCUCUAAAAUUUUAUCUUCUUCCAUGGCUUCUCGCCGGAAAAUCAAGAAUUCCCUCCGGGAACCACAUUAUUGAUUCGCAUUCUUCUUUAAAAGGGUUGGAACAAGAAAACAAAGGGUGUUUAUAAAUGGCGGUGUUUUUAAGGUUUGUUUUUUGUUUUCUAUUCUUUGCUUUACUCGGAUUGAGUCGUUACAGGGUUUUUUCAGAGCCAACACAGGAUAAGCAAGCUCUCCUUGCUUUUCUGUCUCAGAUCCGACAUGCGAAUCGGGUCCAAUGGAAUUCUUCUGCUUCUGCUUGUACUUGGUUUGGGGUUGAAUGUGACCCGAAUAACACUUUUGUUUAUUCACUGAGACUUCCGGCUGUUGGUCUCGUCGGAAAAAUUCCUUCGAACAGUUUAGGCCGGCUGAGUCAACUUCGAGUUCUUAGUCUUCACGCCAAUCGUCUAUCUGGUUCAAUCCCUUCGGAUUUUUCUAACCUUAAGCUUCUUCGUAGUCUCUAUCUUCAAAAAAAUGAGUUUUCCGGCGAGUUUCCCGAGAGUAUUCCCGGGUUGACCCGGUUAAACAGGCUGGAUCUUUCGUCCAAUAACUUCACUGGUACUAUCCCUUUCUCUAUCAAUAAUCUGACCCAUUUGACUGGACUUUUAUUGCAGAACAAUAGCUUUACUGGUACUCUUCCUAGCAUUAAUCCGCCUGGUUUAGUAGAUUUCAGUGUUUCGAAUAAUCAGCUAAAUGGGUCAAUUCCUACUGCACUUUCCAAAUUCCCAGCUUCCUCUUUUGCUGGUAACAUUGAUUUAUGUGGCGGCCCAUUGCCCCCAUGUACCCCAUUUUUUCCUUCUCCGUCACCUUCCCCUGAAACAGAACCAAAAACCCCUCCGUCAAUUAAGAAAUCCAAAAAGCUAUCAACAGCUGCCAUCGUUGGAAUAGCUAUAGGUUCAGCAAUUGGGGUUCUACUACUCUUGUUACUCCUUUUCUUCUGUUUAAAACGAAGAAAGAAAGACCCAUCAAAGACACAAAAGCCUCCGGUAGCAUCAAGACCUGCCGGGGCAGUAACAGGGGCAGCGGCUGAGGCAGGUACAUCGUCGUCUAAAGACGAUUUAACCGGUGGUUCAGGUGAAGGGGAAAGGAAUAAACUUGUGUUCUUUGAAGGGGGUGGGUAUAGUUUUGAUCUUGAAGAUUUGUUAAGAGCUUCUGCUGAGGUUCUUGGAAAAGGGAGUGUUGGAACAAGUUACAAAGCUGUUCUUGAAGAAGGCACUACAGUUGUUGUUAAAAGGCUUAAAGAUGUCGUUGUGCCUCGAAAAGAUUUUGAGCAACAAUUGGAAGUAAUGGGGAAGAUGAAACAUGAAAAUGUGCUUCCUUUGCGAGCAUUUUACUAUUCAAAAGAUGAAAAAUUGUUGGUAUCUGAUUACAUGCCUGCUGGAAGUUUAUCAGCUCUUCUCCAUGGUAGUAGAGGAUCAGGGCGUACGCCACUUGACUGGGAUAGUCGAAUGAGGAUAGUGUUAGGUGCAGCAAGAGGCAUUGCAUACCUCCAUAUUUCAGGAAAAGUUGUACAUGGAAACAUCAAGGCUUCGAAUGUUCUCCUUAAACAAGAUAACCAAGAUGCAUGUGUAUCCGACUACGGAUUGAACCCUCUAUUCUCCACCUCUGCACCAGUUAACCACCGUGUUGCAGGAUAUCGUGCACCUGAGGUUCUUGAAACUAGAAAAGUCACCUAUAAAUCGGAUGUGUAUAGCUUUGGAGUGUUAAUGUUGGAGCUCUUAACGGGUAAAGCUCCAAACCAAGCUUCACUAGGUGAAGAAGGCAUUGAUUUGCCUAGAUGGGUCCAAAGUGUUGUAAGAGAAGAAUGGACCGCGGAGGUGUUUGAUGUUGAACUAAUGCGAUACCAUAAUGUGGAAGAAGAGAUGGUACAACUACUUCAGAUAGGUAUGGCAUGUGUCGCUACCAUGCCAGACCAACGACCUGCCAUGACCGAGGUGGUUAGGAUGAUCGAAGAAAUGAAUCGUGGUGAUACAGAUGAUGGUCUUAGACAAUCCUCCGACGAUCCCUCUAAAGGUUCUGAAGGCCAAACACCUCAGGAGUCUAGAGGUUCACCUCAUGGUGUUACACCAUAAAAAGAAAAUUAAUCAUAAAAAUGGAUGGCUUGAUUUGUCAAAAAUUCUCAGAAAAGCCUAAAGUAAAUUGUAUUAGAUUGUUAGGUGGGGAGCCUUUUAUGUGUUUUUAUUUUAUUUCAUUUUUUUUCCUUCUUGAAAUUAUUAUUUUGAGAAAAUUUGUGGAAUGAUUUUUACAGAUGGUUAGUUGAGAAAUUUGAAUAUUUCAGUUGGAAGUGAUUGGGAAAUUGACCUUGUGAGUUGUUUAAAAAAAAUCAUGUGAUUCUUUUGGUAUAAAAAGCUGUUGA